UGCCUCCCAAAUUGAAGGAAAUGAAAAACCAAGAGGCUGCUGUGGGUCAGAAGCUAGUGCUAAGGUGUGAAACCACUUCAGAGUACCCUGCGCUCAGAUUCAAAUGGUUAAAGAAUGGAAAGGAAAUAACAAAAAAAAACAGACCAGAAAAUAUCAAGAUUCCCAAAAAACAAAAGAAAUACUCUGAGCUUCACAUUUACAGAGCCACAUUGGCUGACGCUGGGGAAUACGCAUGCAGAGUGAGCAGCAAACUAGGGAAUGACAGUACUAAAGCCAGUGUUAUCAUCACAGACACCAAUGAGAGCACCAGCAAGAUACCAGCAUCAACAGAAGGGACAAAAACUUCUUCAC